AUGGAGACCGGUCAACCCAAUAAUACAAUCUAUGUAAAUAAUUUGAAUGAACGUGUCAAAUUAAAUGAACUAAAAAAAUAUUUAUUUGCAAUAUUUUCAAAAUUUGGCACUAUACUGGAUAUUGUCGCUUUGAAAAACUUACGUAUGCGUGGUCAAGCGUUUAUAAUAUUCGACGAUGUCGAAAGUGCAAAAAAAGCAUUAACAUCAAUGCAAUCAUUCCCUUUUUAUGAAAAACCACUUCGUAUACAAUUUGCUAAAUCUGAUAGUGACAUAGUUUCAAAGCGAAAGGGCACGUACCAAGAAAGACCGAAACGUCGUACAGACAAUGAUCAGCCAUCAAUAUCAAAAAAAGAAAAACGUCGACAGCAACUAGCGUUGAAACAAGAACAACAACGUUUACUAAAACAACAAAUGGGUCAAUAUGCAGCAAUGCCACCGAUGGCAGGCAUGUUGCCAGCUGGUCUUCCGCCUGGUAUGCCUUUGUUUCCUCCACCACCAAUGAUGCGUUCCGUUUUACAUCCACCAAUAUUUGGUGGAGAAAUGCCGAAUAAUAUUCUCUUCUUAAGUAAUUUGCCAAAUGAAACACCAGAGAGUAUGUUGACAAUGUUAUUUAAAGCAUACAACGGUUUUCGAGAAGUUCGAUUGAUCACUGGUCGUGAUGGAAUUGCUUUCGUUGAAUUUGACACGGAACAUCAAGCCUCUUUAGCAAAAGAUGCAUUACAAGGAUUCAAAAUUGGCCCGGACAAGCCAAUGCAAAUUACCUUUGCUAAAAAAUAG